AUAAUAGCCAGCAAACCUCAUAACAGAAAGCUCCCAACCUUCUUUACUUCCUUUAUGAUAUUUGCCUCUAUGAUGCACUUCCACUACGCUCGGCCACUGAAACGAAAGGAAACUAAUUAAGUAGAGGCGUUUGCUUUGCUCUCUUCUUCUUCUUCUUCCUUUUCUUCUUUCUAUGUUAAUGGAAAGGUUCGAGGUUAUCAGAGAUAUUGGGUCAGGAAAUUUUGGUGUGGCCAAGCUGGUUAGAGAUUUAUGUACGAAAGAACUCUACGCUGUUAAAUUUAUUGAGAGAGGACAAAAGAUUGAUGAGCAUGUAAAGAGAGAGAUCAUGAACCACAGGUCGUUGAGGCAUCCAAAUAUUGUUAGGUUUAAGGAGGUCUUCUUAACGCCUUCACAUCUAGCAUUAGUGAUGGAAUAUGCAUCUGGAGGUGAGCUGUUCGAGAUAAUUUGCAAUGCAGGGAGGUUCAGUGAAGACGAGGCAAGAUUCUUCUUUCAGCAACUUAUUUCAGGAGUCAGCCACUGUCAUUCCAUGCAAAUAUGCCACAGGGAUCUUAAGCUAGAAAACACAUUAUUGGAUGGUAGCAAUGUACCAAGGCUAAUGAUAUGUGACUUUGGGUAUUCCAAGUCUUCUGUGUUGCAUUCACAACCAAAAUCUACGGUUGGUACACCAGCUUACAUCGCUCCCGAGGUUUUAUGUCGCAAGGAAUAUGAUGGCGAGAUUGCUGAUGUUUGGUCUUGUGGAGUAACAUUAUAUGUGAUGUUAGUUGGAGCCUACCCCUUUGAGGACCCAGAUGAUCCCAGGAACUUCAGAAAGACGAUUGGGAGAAUACUAAGUGUUCAGUACUCAAUUCCAGACUAUGUGAGAGUAUCAAUUCAUUGCAGGCAUCUUUUGUCCCGGAUAUUUGUAGCUGAUCCUGAGAAGAGAAUAACAAUGCCAGAGAUAAGGAAACACCCUUGGUUUCUCAAAAACCUUCCACUGGAGCUCACUGAUGGGUACCAGGAGAACUUGAAGAGAACAGAUAUGAAUUCUCCAUCGCAAAGCGUCGAAGAAAUAAAUUCAAUCAUAGAAGAGGCCAAGAAACCUUUGCAGGGUCCAAAGAUUGAGCGCACCAUAGGAGGAAGUCAAGACCUUUCUGACAUGGAUGAUUAUGUGGAUCUUGAUGACAUUGAAACGAGCGGAGAAUUUGUAUGUUCUAUGUAGCUUGUGAAUAUUUUUCUUGCCUUUUUUUUUUGUCCAUUUGAAAGAUCUUUCGUUUGUUCUUCCAUGCUGCUGGAUAUUGUAGCAGCUUGUGAGCUUUUGAGUAAGUGAUUUCAACUGCAUGCAUGAAGCUGUUUGCUUUUGUGGGCAUUCA